AUGAGUGAAUCAGAUAUUCGUGUAGUUGCAGCUAUUGAUUUCGGUACAACAUAUUCUGGGUUUGCAUACGCUCAUAAACAAGAUCCUAACGAAAUCUACGUUAACACUGAUUGGCAAGAAUAUGAAGGACGAACUAAAACGCCAACAGCUCUACAAUACAAUGAUAAUAUGAAACUCGAAAAUUGGGGCUAUCCAGCUUUAAUAGAAAAACCAAAGAGAAGAGGGAACAAAAAUCAAAAUAAACAUCCGGUAGAAUUAUUUAAACUCCAUUUAGGAGAUCUGGGAAAAAAUAAUAAAAAACCUAAGCUUCCUACCGGGCUUAGUUAUCAAACAGCAAUUACUGAUUAUUUGACUGAGAUUACGAAAUCACUUAAAAGAACCUUGCUAAACCGUUGGCCAUUGCUCGAUUUUGACAACCAAAUUCCUGCUGAAUUUGGAGCUGCUGCAAUAGCUACAAUGCGCGAUUGCGCGCACAAGGCUGGCUUGAUUCAGCAGAAAGAUACUCCUAAUUUAUUGUUUACUACUGAACCCGAGGCAGCUGCUGUACAUUGUAUGAAUACUCUAAAACAGCACGAUUUGGGAGUUGGUGAUACAUUUAUGGUAGUUGAUUGUGGUGGAGGUACUGUUGACUUAACGACUCGAAAACUUUUAGCCGAUAAUAAAUUAAGUGAAAUCACUGAACGUGAAGGUGAUUUUUGUGGUGGAAGUUAUGUAGAUCAAGAAUUUUUAAAAUAUCUCGGUAGAAAAGUUGGAACCUCUGCAAUUGAGCUUGUUAAACAAAACCAUUAUGGACAACUUCAAUUUAUGGUUCAAGAAUUUUGUAGAAGAGUUAAAAUUCCAUUCACAGGAGAAACUAAGAAUUUUAAACCUUAUGAACUUGACUUAGAGGAUGUUUGCCCAGUUUUGAAGCAAUAUGUUAAAGGUCAAGCUAAUAAUGAUAUGGAAGAGGCAGAAUGGGUUGUGACAAUUGAGUUUGACGAUGUUAAAGCGAUGUUUGAUCCUGUAGUUGGUAGAAUAAUUAGAUUAAUUCAUAGACAACUAGAUAAAAGUGAAGAAGAUUGUUCUGUAAUGUUUUUGGUUGGUGGAUUCAGUGAAUCAAGAUAUUUACAAUCUCGUGUCCGAAAUGAAUUCGAUAGAAUUGUUAAAAAUAUUCCGGUUCCUCCUAAUCCUAUUGCUGCUAUUGUAAAAGGCGCUGUCCAAUUUGGUCUAAAACAAGAAGUAAUUGCUGAUCGAGUUCUAAAAUGGACCUAUGGAACUCGUAUUGCAAGAGAUUGGACUCCUGAUGACCCUCCAGAACGAAAAAAUGGUAAACAUAUCAUUAUUUUUGAACGAUUAGGUAAAAAAGGUGAUAGAGUUGCCGUAGAUGAAAAGGUUAUACGUAUUUUUGCGCCUACAAGUGUGAUUCAGGAACAUGCCUGUUUAGAUCUUUACGUAACAUCUAAAGAUAACGCAGAAUAUUGUGAUGAAUAUAAUGUUAACUUGCUUGAUCAUUUUAAUUUUCAAGUUCCAAUAACUGGUGAAGAAAUACGUCCAAUUUUAUAUGUUAUGAAGUUUGGAAUGGUUGAAAUUCAAACUACUGCUAUUAAUGUU